GAUUUUUUUGGAUUAUCCUUUCAGAAAAUGGCUAAAGUUCUUAAAUCGAGCCAAUCAUGUCAUUUCCCUUCACCUUCAAGCUCUUCUUCUUCUUCUACAUCAUGUGGAGGCAAUGAUGGUGGUAAUAGAGACCCACAUUCUCCUUUUAACAUUUCUCGUCGUGAGGAAGAAGAAGAGGAGGAGAGAAGCGAGAAAGAGAGAGAAAGAUUCGAGCUUUCUUCUGCAUUGGAGAUUUUAGUUUCUGCUAUUAGAAGGUCUGUGAUUGGUGGGUGUGUUGGUGAAGAGGAUCUUUGUUCAAUGGAGAUUGGUGUUCCCACAGAUGUUAGACAUGUCGCUCAUGUCACCUUUGAUCGUUUCCAUGGCUUCCUUGGCUUGCCUGUUGAGUUUGAACCUGAAGUCCCGAGACGAGCUCCUAGUGCAAGUGCUACCGUGUUUGGAGUCUCUACCGAGUCAAUGCAGCUAUCAUAUGAUACUAGAGGGAACAUCGUGCCUACUAUACUUUUGAUGAUGCAGAGUCAUUUGUACAGUAGAGGCGGAUUGCGGGUAGAAGGAAUUUUCAGGAUUAAUGGUGAGAAUGCUCAAGAAGAGUACAUAAGGGAAGAGUUGAAUAAAGGUAUUAUACCUGAUAACAUCGAUGUCCACUGCUUAGCAAGUCUCAUUAAGGCUUGGUUUAGGGAACUUCCUAGUGGCGUUUUGGAUUCACUUUCACCAGAGCAAGUAAUGGAGUCUGAGAGUGAAGAUGAGUGUGUGGAACUUGUAAGGCUUCUCCCUUCAACAGAAGCUUCUUUGUUAGAUUGGGCUAUCAAUCUAAUGGCUGAUGUUGUCGAGAUGGAACAACUUAACAAGAUGAAUGCUCGAAACAUUGCAAUGGUUUUUGCACCUAACAUGACUCAGAUGUUGGAUCCAUUGACGGCUCUGAUGUAUGCUGUGCAAGUUAUGAACUUUCUUAAAACACUUAUUGUGAAGACGCUUAAGGACCGAAAAGAAUCUCGAGAUAAGUUGGUUCCAGCCUCAAAUCCUAGUCCUCGGGACCAUAAUGGUGAUCAGAGCAGCAGUAGACAGUUGUUGCAUCUCAUGAAAGCUAACAAGGAGGAAAGUUUAGACAACUUUGAGGCGGAGAUGAAAGACAAAGAAGAGUCUGCAGAUGAAGAAGAAGAAGAAUGUGCGGAAUCUCGAGAACUUGUUGACAUAAAAAAUUCUUCUCUGGUUAACAGCAACAAUGGAGGUUUUGGACAGAAACACAAUGGCUGGGAGGAGCAGAGAACCAUGUCGAAAGCGAGUAGUAUUGUGGGACGUGUGAAUUACAGAGUUGAGCUAUUCGAAGCUUGGCGAUGAAAAAAAGGUUAAUUGUUGAUGUUUUUGAUCCAACUUUUGGAUUUUCUUGAUUUGGGUUCUGUGGGAUGGAUGGAUGGACGAUGCUUUUGAAUUUUGAUGAUGGUUGCUUGUGUAUCAAGAAAUGCUAAGUUUCUGC